AAGCUGCCAAGAAAGCUCAUCAUCUGCUGCGAUGGCACUUGGCAGGACAGCGACAACGGCUGGGUGAAGGGCCGUUUUGGGCAGCCGGGCCAUCUUCAGAACCCGACGAAUGUCACAAGGAUUGCCCGCGCUAUCAAAGCCGAAGACGACGAUCAUCAUCCCCAGAUAGUGUAUUACCAAGCCGGUAUUGGGACUGGUAUCGGCCUGUAUAACCACGUCGUUGGUGGUGGAACUGGUCUUGGCCUCGCGGAGAACGUGCGCGAAGCGUACGCCUUCAUAGCCAACAACUACUCAGAGCAUGACAAGCUCGUGUCGCCGGAUUCAAUCUUUCUGCUCGGCUUCUCCCGCGGUGCAUUCACCGCUCGCACACUCGGUGGCCUGAUCUGUGCUUUGGGUGUUUUCAGGAAGAUAGCUAUGCCGCAUUUUUACGAAGCGUUUGAGGACUGGGAACGAGCUGGUGACCCACAUUACAAGCCUUUGUUCUUCGACAGAUUCUACGAACAUCACCAUGAGUUCACGGCGAAGGAGAAACCUGAUGAGAAGCUUGCAAGAAGCCCAAAUCCGACGCACCGCGAGAUGUAUCUACAGCAGUACUUUGCUCUGCUCCUGAAGCUGAACCUCACCCAGAAGGCGGUCGUCAAAGCUAUUGGCGUAUGGGACACGGUUGGGGCACUCGGCAUCCCGGUGAACCCUGUCCUGCAGCAGGUCUUCCCCUUCUUGCCUUCGUUCUUCCGCACCUACAGAUGGUUUGACACUAACCUUCAUGACUCUGUUGAGAACGCUUUCCACGCCCUGGCUAUGGAUGAACGUCGGUUUCCAUUUGGACCGGCCGUCUGGGAGAGGCAGAACGUGAAGACUAACCUUGAGCAAGUAUGGUUCCCAGGCGCUCACUCCAACAUUGGCGGUAGCUACGAGGAUGCUGGUAUGGCAGACAUCACGCUCGUGUGGAUGAUGGAUCGCUUGUCCGGAAACAUGCUCGAAGACAGAGAAGCCUUCAAAGAACAUGACUGGAUCAAGUUUGACGACCAUUACAUUGACUACUGGUACGACUGUCUUGUCGACUGGCUGAAGGAGCACCGCAAGGAUGCUUACAAGGGAUGGGCCAGAGGCAAAGUCUACGAUUCCAAUACAAUGCCGGAAUCACUAGCCGGCACUAGGACACGCAAUGUAGGCAGGUAUCACGGUACGUUCUAUGAAAGCGGCCGGACUGACCGGUCGCGCCUGCUGGAGAACACGAAUGAGCACGUCCACUCGUCGGUAAGAAUUCGUAUGGACUUAGGUGCCCGUAGUGUCGAGCCAGACUGGGGCCAAGUGUUCCCGUUCGGCUGGAACUUCGGGCCGCUGUUUGUAUACGGCUGGCGGUGGAUCACCCGUCAGAAGCCGGAUGUCUACCGACCUGAUCGUAAAGGCGGCCCGUUAGAGGGCUGGCAACUCGUUGAUGGUCACGCAAGCCACGGCAAGCCGAACUUCGACAUAGACAUGACUGCUGACAACCUUGAAGAGAUCCAGUGGCAGUGGAAAGGAAAGGGCGAAGUUGCGACUCCGAUCAUGCGGGAGUCGAAAUUAGGACCGUAUGAGCGGAGGCUGCUUGAGAAGGAUGUGCAAUUGGCGGAAAAGGUUGAAUAUACCAACAAUGGUUGG